UGUCAGGAAGUGAACAUGUAUUCUCCUCCCUCUAUCUCUCUUGUUCGAUUCAUUCUACUGAUGACGAUUCUCUUUCUCACAUCCCACCUCUGACUUCCCCAGAUAAAAACCCUAAUUAGCUAAAAGACUUACCCUUUCAUGUUCUUUAGUAGCAUCACAUCUAUGCCCGACAAAGUGAAGCAAGAAACCUCUCGAUCUUUUCAAGGAAUGUCGGAAUUGCAACCAGGUAACGACAAUAACCAGCAACCCAACGGCGGCGUUCCUCCUUCUCUGCCGUCAACAUCAGCCGAAGCUCUCGCCGGAUCGAAACGAUUGAGGAGACCGAGCGUUAGAUUAGGCGAAAUCGGCGGCGACCAGUACCAAGCGGCGUACGAUUCGCAGGUGAGGAAACCCAAGAAAGAUAUGAGCAAGUCGUCGACGAGGACUCGAGCUUUGACGAAUUUGAGUUCUGGGUACGAUAACAGCGGAACCAUAGGUGACGAAAGAGAAGUGAAUGUCGAUUCUUUCGGUGUCGGGAGUUGGCGGGUCAAGAAACGGGUCGGGCCGUCGACGAAGCGAGUGAGAUCCAAUUGGGUAUCGAGAAUUGGGGAAAUGGAUCACGGCGAUGAGCUGGAAGGUGGGUUUAGGGAUUUCAGUAGAGAAGAUUCGGAGAGUCCGAUAAAGGACGAGUCUUUAGUGAGAGACGGUGGUGGGUAUUACGGUAGUAGCGGAAACAGAGAGUUUGAGUUGUCAGAGCCGUCGAAUAUGGAGGGAAUUGGUGGUGGAGGAAGAGAAGGGGUGAAGAUUUGGCUGCAAGAGCUGGGGUUAGGGAGGUAUUGGCCAAUGUUUGAGAUACAUGAGGUCGAUGAAGAGGUUUUGCCUUUAUUGACGUUGGAGGAUUUGAAAGAUAUGGGGAUUAAUGCUGUUGGGUCGAGGAGGAAGAUGUUCUGUGCUAUUCAGAAGCUUGGUAGGGAGUUCUCCUGAUGGAUGUUGGAGAAUUUCGAAUCAAAAAGACUCUGUUUUUGUUGUUUGUUGGUGGGAUAGUCAGACAUGGCAAUGUCUGAAAGCCUUUUCCUCCAUUUUGCCUUAGUAUGUCAUUCCUCUGAUUGUUUCUUAUCUUUGCUGUUUAGUUUUUGAUUGUAGCAUUAGCUACUGUGUACUAUUUGUAUAAGUAGAAGUGAAAAAGAAGAAGGUUUUGUACUC